AUGGUCAGCCUGGCUGUCCCGAGCACCACGUCGGGAUCUUCUAGCAUCGCCGCCUUGAAGAAGCUCUGGCUGGAAACCAGGCUCAGCCUCGUGAAGAUUUCCCAGGCAGCUGCAGACUUGAAACAGUUGUGUCUGCAGAAUGCUCACCGUGACCCUCUGCUGACUGAUUUGUGGUCAAGUACAAAUCCCUUCAGACCCCAGAAAGUCUGCUCCUUUUCAUAGUCAUCUAUCUUGGGGUGUCCCAAACCACUUUUCAUGAGCCAGUGAAUAUUCAAGAGAACUAAGUUUGAAGUCUGUACAAAGCUUCUCUUUAACACGUGCCAUAAUCCACAGUCUCCUACUUGUCGGUCCUUUAACAUCUACCUCCAUGAAUUUUCAUGGAGUUCUGUUUCACAUGGUUUAACUAUUUUAUAUACACUGGAUGUAGCAUACAAUAAAGCAGCAUACAAAAAGGAGGGAGGGAGGGAGGGAAGGAAGGAAGAAAGGAGGGAGUUUGGUGUGAACAGUU